GAUGUUACUUAAAUUGCUUGAAUUCGUCAACGUGAAGAAGUUCAUGUAUAAAUUUGGUCGUUGAGUGAAAAGUUAAAACUUAUGCCGUUGUAAAGUACAAUUGAAACCAUGGCAACAAUUAUGAAUUUUAUAGAGCAACAUAUUCGAGAAGAAGUUUUAUGUCUGAUAUGGUUAUUAUACUUUUGGGAGCUGUACAUCAGUUUACGACAGAGACAUCUAAUGCAAAAACUAGUUGAUUUACCAGAAUCAUUAGACUCCAUUAUGCCAAAGGAUAUAUAUACGAGCACACGCCUUUAUGCUCUGGAUAAGAAUAGUUUUUCUAUUAUUAAGAACUUGUUUUCUACCGUUUUGACUACGGUUUUGAUCUCGAUGAAUGCUUUCUUCUAUAUUUGGGAGAGGGGCAUUGGCUUAGCAGAAAAAAUUGGAAUUGAUAAAUCAAAUGAGAUGUUUACGAGUACUUUGUGUAUGCUCAUUAUAAAUGCAUUUACAACUUUAGUGUAUUUCCCAUUUGAAGUGUAUCAUACGUUUGUCUUGGAAGAGAAGCAUGGAUUUAACAAACAGACAGCAUUAUUCUUUGUAAAAGAUCAAGCGAAGAUGUUUGUGGUUACACAAGUUAUUACAUUGCCACUCAUUUGUGGAAUUAUAUGGAUAGUUCAACAUGGAGGAGACUAUUUCUUCAUGUAUUUGUGGCUAUUUACAACGGUUAUCUCAUUAUUUAUGCUAGUGAUAUAUCCUGAAGUAAUUGCACCUUUAUUUGAUAAGUACUCUCCAUUACCCGAGGGUGAACUUAGAAAAAAUAUUGAAGCUCUUGCAUUAUCGUUGGAUUUCCCAUUGUAUAAACUGUACGUAGUUGAAGGAUCAGUGAGAUCUUCGCACAGUAAUGCGUAUAUGUAUGGUUUUUACAAACAUAAGAGAAUCGUUCUCUUUGAUACGCUUUUAAAGGAAUAUUACAAGCCCGAUGAAAAGGACAAUUUUAAAGUUAAGGGCUGUGAAACUAAUGAAGUUCUUGCUGUUCUUGCACAUGAGUUGGGACAUUGGAAAUUUAGUCAUACUCUAAAAGGAUUUAUUGCAUCUCAGCUGAUGUUGAUGGUCAACUUUGUAGUAUUUGCGAAACUAUUUCGUUACCGGCCAAUGUACAGUGCUUUCGGUUUUAUGGAUAAGCAACCCAUACUUAUUGGCCUUAUUAUUGUGAUGAUGUACAUCCUUAUGCCUCUUAAUACGUUGAUGGCAUUCUUGCUAACAGUGAAUGCUCGAAAGUAUGAGUUCCAAGCAGAUAAAUUUGCAAAGACAUUGGGUCGGGCUGAAUCCUUGAAGCGAGCUCUAAUAACGUUGCAAAAGGAUAAUCUAGGAUAUCCUUUAUUCGACAAGUUGUAUUCUGGUUGGCAUCAUAGCCAUCCACCACUACUUGAAAGAUUGGAGGCAUUAAAUAAAGAAGAUUGAUUAUUAUUCGGCAAAAUAUUCAUACAAAACGCACAGAAACUGGUGUGUGUGUGUGUGUAAGCUCGCAUAUUAUUUUCAAAUAAUAUUUCUGAAUGCAUUUUAUAUUUGGAUGGUUACGAUUCGGAGUGAAUGAACGAAUAAAAUUGGUGGUCGGACACGACCAAUUAUAAACAUUGUGAGUAAAAUGUCAAUAUUUGACGAAUAUUAACCGCUGAAAAUACCAGCAUUUACAUUCAUAAUGUUUAAAUUUAAUAAUAAUUUGACGACUUUGAUGUUGACUUUGAAAUGCGUUAAUUAAAAUUAAUUUCUUUGUGUUCGUUGAACAGUUCAUUCUAAUCUUAUAAUAGGUACUUAGUCGUUCAGGGAUUUCUCGCACUACACAUGGUAGCUUCAUUUAUUUUUAUUUAUGAAAACGAAUUGUAGAAAAAUUCAUUGGAUUACUCGGCUGCAUUCUCUUAGGAAAUAAUUCUCUCCCAAGAUCUUUUCUCUGGAAAACAAACUUUCGUGGGAGUUUUGCACCUACCUUUUGAGGAUUUGUAGAUGAGAGCCUCUCGGUGUGCUUCAUUGAAGUUCGUAUACGUCAGUUGGUCAAUUUAUGGUUGAUCAAGAAAUGCAGGAGCGUUUCAGACAAGAUCAUGGGUCUCAAAUCAAUGCUACGUCUCUUUACAGUAAUGUACAUACUGCAGAACUAAACAUUGCCCUCUGAAAUCUGGCUUAUCAAUUUAUCGAUUGAUUAAUAUGGUACCAAUGAAUCGGUGCAUAUGUGGAGAAUAUAGCUAAAUGUUAGCCUGCAAUUUUCAGAUACUCUAGAUAUCCCUUUUCGUACUUAAAAUUUGAGGCUUGGACCAUCCGAUAGUAGUGCGAUAUUUUAGUGGCGACGCCGUCAUGGCGUUAUUUACGUUCAAAUAUUCUAUAAAUGAAUACUGAAGAAAUGUUGAUCCGUAGUUCAGUGAAAAUUUGUUCACGGUUGCAUUUUGCAUUUACAUAAUUCUAAAACUAAAGUGCCGAAUACAUAUUUAAGUUCCGUACAGAGUGCUAGUAAACAAAAAUGUUGACAAAGCUGCAUUGAUUUUUACGUCAUCUAUGAGUAUUGUCAGAUUUACUCAACUUCAUAUUUUAUACAAGUGACGAAAAAGUGACUCAACACUUUGUACUUACCUUCAGGGCUGUAAGAAGUUGAAGUAUCGGUAGUUUGUAAGUUUCUUAUUUUGGAUUCAAUGCUAAAGUCUGUAAUGAAAUGGAUGUAAAUGUUACAUAAAUACAUAAUUAUAUUGGUGCUUAGAAAGACCUUUGGUAUGAUUCAAUUAUUUUGUAUUUUAAUAGUUUAAUAAAUGAAAAGACUACUUUA